AUGUUGCCUAUAAGAGCAUUGGAUUUUCGUGCAAUGCAAAAAUCUAUUAAAGAAUUAAAUGAAGAUGGUGGAUUAUUUAUUUGGUCGCAUUUUUUAAUGCAUAUUUUAUGCAAUAUGAAGCAUGGAAAAAGGGCUAAAAAAGAUAUGUUACAUUUCGCACGACAGCACUACAUUAAUAAUAAACGAGAAUUGGCCAAAAUUAAUGAAUUUCGAAAGAUUUAUACCAUUGAUAAAGCGAUUGAGUGGUAUACAAAGGAUUCAUUCUUUUAUCGAUUAUUAAAUGGAGCCUUACGAAGUGAAAAUUUUGAAGUCAUUUAUAAAUUUCGUUCGUUUAUUGCUGAUCUUCAUCAACAACUCAAAACAAUGCAUCAAACUUAUGUUGAUCAGCUAUUCUCUUCUGCAGAUAAAAAUGUAUUUGAAGUCUAUCGCGGACAAUUAUUACCCAAAAGUGAAUUUGAAAAAUUAAAGCAAAAUAUUAAUGGAUUUGUUGCUAUGAAUACAUUUUUAUCAACAACAACUCACAAAAGUAUUGCUCCAUUGUUUAGUGGCAAUGGUGAAAAUCGACCAGAAUUAGAAUCAGUUCUAUUUGUAAUUAAAAUAAAACAAACAUAUUUAACUGAACCAUUUGCUGACAUAUCCGUAGCAAGUAACAUGACAGAUGAAAAUGAAGUGCUCUUUUCAAUUGGAAGUAUUUUUCGAAUUGAUUCAAUACAUGCUUUAUCAGAAACUCAAUGGCAUAUUGAUCUAUCCUUGGUGACACAUAAUGAUGAAGAUGUUGUAAGAUUUUCUCAAUAUUUACGAGAAUCUGUUGAUUCAAAGCCCACAUUUAUCGACUUAAUUGAUAUAUUUCUCAAUAUGAAUGAUUAUCAGAGAGUAGUACAUUAUAGUGAAACAUUACUAAAAAAGAUUUCACUUACAAGGGUCGAACGUUCACAGAUUUAUUUGGCAUUAGGUCAAGCUGAGUUACAUAUCAAUGGUGAUUUUAAUGAAGCAGAAAGAUGUUUUUUAGAAAUUCAAAAACUAGCGCAACUUACUUCAACAACAAACUAUAAUAUGCUUGCAAGUUUUUAUGAAUGUAUGGCUUUACUUCAGAUUGAAAAAAAUAAUUAUACUGAUGCAAUGAAAUUACUUAACGAAAUUCUUCAAAUGAGCACGACUCAUUCAUUUGGAUCACAUAUAGUUGCAAAAACACAUUCUAAUUUAGGAUUGGUAUAUCGAAAAACACUUCAGUUUGAUCAAGCAUAUGAAAGUUAUGAAAAGUCAUUGGAUAUUCUUACAAAAUCCGAUAUAUUACCUAAACUUCAUCCAACUUACUCUACUCUUCUUAAUAAUCUAGCUUAUACUAAACAGUUACAACAUGACUAUGAUCAAGCUUUGAAAUAUUAUAAUCUAGCACGGGAACAUCAACAAAAAUCAUUACCAGCAAUUCAUCUAUUAACAGCAACAACAUUGAGUAAUAUUGGAUUAUUACAUAUGAUGAAAUAUGACAAUGAGAAAGCAUUGGAAACGUAUAAGAAAGCUGCUGCUAUGUUUAAUCAAAUUUAUGAUGCUGAUCAUCCUCGUUUAGGAAUGAUAUACAGUAAUAUGGGAGACUUAUUUAUACAAGUAGGUGACUAUGAACAAGCUAAAGACAAUCUGAACAAGGCAUUACAAAAUUGA